AUGUGGUGUAAAGGAGGUGAAAACAAAGCAAGCGAAUUGGAAGAUGCUAAUGUUAAAGUCAUGGCAGAAAAACUAAUGGAACAUGAAAAACAAAUCAAAGAUGGAGAUAUGAAGCUUGAUCGUGAGAUGGAUGCGAUGAAACUAGUCUUUGGCAAGGAAAAUGGUGGAUUCCUAAAAGGGGUUGGCACAGGAAAUGAGAGACUUGAGCUGCAGAAAAAAUAUGAAGAACUUAAGGCGUUGACAACAAAGGUGAGAGAACAAGAUAAUACACUAAAGUUAGUUUUAGCUCAUCUUGAAUCACAAGGAACAAUGAUACCUAAUCUACCAUCUCAUCCGAAUCAGUCUCCAACACAAGCAUUUUCAGUGGAGAAGAACAUUGACUCUCAUGCCACUCCUGUUACUAAUACUAUUAAAGAGAAAACACCUAUCACAAAUAAAGCAUCGACAAAUGAAACAGUUACACGAGUAAUGGCAAAAGCCACCAAAAUAACUGUUGAAUCUAAGAGUGCGACUACAAAUUCACAUCCAAAAACAAAAGAUACUCAUUCACCAAAACUCUCACAGACAAUGAACACAAUGAAGUUCAUUCUACAAUAUCCAAAUAAUAGAAGUAAUCUUGCUUUUGGUACCGUUUACAUAUCUUCGGAAAGACAAACCAUCCAUCGAGUUUCACUUCAAGACGACUGCUAUAAAGUUUUAAUUGAUGAAAUCAUAAAGGGAGCUGCAUUUUUACCAUAUCCAAACGGUGAUAUCAAAUUAGUUGAGGAUGCACAUAAAACUUUUGUUGCAUGGCCAAAAUACCUUGUCAAAUAUGACGAAAGGUACCACGAAUGGGAUCAACUCAAGAUGAUGAACAUAAAAGCUCCAAGAAACAAAGAAAAAGUUUAACUCAAGAUGAUGAACAUAAAAGCUUCAAGAAGCAAAUAUAUAUAUAUAUAUAUAUAUAUAUAUAU